GAAUGCCCAGGAGAUACAGAUGGCUCAUUGCUAUUCUACAGGCCGUCCCGUGCCUCUCCGUCUUCCUCCCACUGCUCCAAGUUCUGAGUGCGGCGAAGGGUCAACGAAGAAACGACUAUGGACUCCUUCCUGCUCCAGAAACGAGUAUCAUUUAGGAACUAAAAGAAAUGUAGAAAAGGUUUGAAUAUUAAAACGAUGGCUCUCAGGAGGCAGUCCUCAGCCAGAGAGGGGACUUGUGAGGACUGAGAAUGGUUUAUAGACCCUAUCUAGGGGUUCAGGGACAACCCAUUGAGUCAGGACAAAAAAACACCAUUUUCCCCUCUAGCUUUUUCAAUCUGUGUCACUUUUUGCCAGCACUCAUGGUGGCACAUGGCCAGGAUGGCAGAGCAAGUGCCCAACAAGCAAGCCCUCUUCCUCUGGGGUUGGGGAGGGGGCUAGCAGGUGGGACGGAGGUGCUGCCAGGGAACCAUGGCUGGCCCAGGAGUUUCUCUUCCCUUCUGUGCUCUGGAACCAAGAAGGUGAGGGAUGGACACAUAAGAAAAAAAUGUCAUCUCAUUGGUGACUUAGCACAACUAGAUAGAAAUGGAACUGCUCAGAUUAUCUUGAGGGGUGCCAUCUGUCCCUGAUGUGCCUUUUGGCAUUGGCCUCCUACAGUGUCUGAAACUUCAGUCCUCUUAAAUUCAGGACAGAGUGUGAUACAGAGGCCUAUGUCACAAUGCAUAUUUGUUACCCAGGAGAGUUCAUGGGUUGCUUAACAAGGAUGUCCCCUCUUCCAGAGUGCUCUCAUGUGGUACUUGAUGUCAAUUACUGUUAGGGUAGCUCUGGUUCCGAGCAACCUGGUAAGUUUGUGCAUUACCCCAACAUUCCCUUUUGCUGCUCCUUUGUAGUCAAACAUUUCUCCCAUUCCAACCUAGUGUGACCACGGAUCUAUCCCUAGAGUUUAGCCUUUUCCGGAAUGUCAUAUACAGGAUUAUACAGUAUGUAACCUUUUGGGAGUGGCUUUUAUCACUCAGCAUAAAGCCCUUGAGAUCCAUCUGUGUUGUCAUGGGGAUCAAUAGUUCAUUCCUUUGUACUCUUGACUCCAGCUGUCCUGUAAGGAAGAUUGUCCUAAGGAGCUAUUCAGCACAUCCAUUUACAUCCUAUAGCUGCAGAGAAAUGUACUCUUUAAACAUGUGCCUGGCUAAAAUUCUACUACCAUGGAAGAUGGACAGAAAAAACGGGAAACAGAUUGUAGGAACAAUAUUGAUAAACUAGUUUACCCAGAGGAAGAGCAGGUAGCAAGAGCAUCUCAAAGUCAAAUUAGCCUGAGGGAGAUGGCUCACCCUAUUUUAAGCUAAUUCUAAAAAACAAAAAUGUGAAGGUGCUUUUGUAAGGCAGAACUGAAGCACAGAUUGUUUUCUAUAGGUCCCCUGUGUGCUCAGGCAUCCAUCAUCACACAACCUCCAACUUUCCUGGGUUGGAAGCCCCAUAGUAAAAACAGAAACUGUUCACAAUUAGGGCUCAGGAAUAUGCAGUCAUUGAGGGUGGACUAAAGAUGCCCCAAUGGUGGCCAUUUUGAAAGAAGGUAUUCCAAAAACAAAAACAGAAGUAGAAAGCCAUUCCAAUCUGGAAUCAGAUCUGGGUAUUAAAAGCAGCAGUGUUUUUCAGGUAUAGUGUGAAAUUGUGCCUGAAUAUUUCUCUCCCACCCCAUCACCCAGCUUCUGAUCAUACGCAAUUUCCACUCUCAGUAUAAGGCUAAAUAAAUUAAAAACAACACCACCACACAGGAGGGAAGAGCAAGAAAAAUAUGACUUCAAGUCCUAAUCCUGGAAGGUCCAAACCCUUACUACAGUACAAAACCGUCCCCAAUCCGGCCCCAAAUUAUGGUUGUCAGCCCUUAAAUACCCCCUGACCAUUCAUCUUGCUACAAAUUUUUUGCACUUUUAUCCCCUAGUCUGUAUCUUUGCAGGUGCUAUUCUCUCUGCAUAGAUUGCACUUUGUUGUUGUUGUUUUUUAAGAUUUUAUUUAUUUAUUUGGGGGCGGCAGAGGGAGAGAGAAUCCCAGGCAGAGUCCACCCUGAGCAUGGAGCCCAACUUGGGCUUCAAUCUCAGGACCCUGAGAUCAUGACCUGAGCCCAAAUCAAGAGUCCGAAUCUUAACCAACUGAGCCACCCAGGCGCCCCUUCUUUCUUCUUAAUAUUCUUUUUCAAGUGGACCACUUACAGGACUGUAACUGUCAUAGGCCUUUUCUAACUUUCUCAGCCAUAGUUAACUGCUUCCCGGUUGUACUCAGCUAGUGUCUCGGACGUGACAUAUAGAACAUACUGCAUUGUGUUGUAAUACUUUUACAUUCUGGUUUUUCCUUUGGACCGUGGUUCGUUUGGGGCAGUAACUGUGUCUUAUUUAUAUCUAACAAUGCCUUGCCUAUGGUAGGCAUUAUAGGUUUUUUGAGUGUAAGUGUAGACUUGUUCCUGAAGUCUAUUUUAUCAUAUUCUUGUAAUCUCCAGUCUUCUCUGAAGCUCUAGCUCAGUGGUUCUUAGCUCUAGCAGCACAUUAGAAUCACCUGAAGAUCUUUGUAACCUCUCUCCUCAGUGGACCCCACGUAUCAAUGUGUCCAAAGCUUUUCAGGUGAUUCCGACAUGCAGCCAAGGAUGAGAAUGCCUACGAUGUCUCCAACUAGGGAGGGCCCUUCCCGCAAUACCAAGGCAGACGGACUGGUGUGCCCUCAAACUGUCGGUAUCCUGGGCUUUCCUCUUCCGGCGCAAAAACGUGCACGUACCCUGCCUCAGGCCCAGCCUCGUCCUAGAACCGAAUUCUGCGUUUCUCCGGCCCAAAUUUCAGAAUCAAUUCCCUGAAAGUGGACAAGCUGAAGCAGAAAAAAAGCCUCUUCAAAGUGCCAGGAGACUCGUCGUUCUCGGUCUUUCGGGCGGUGAAAACCAAGGGUAGGGACCGGCCCCAAAGAUCAGACACAUUUCCUUCGGACGGCCCUUCCAUCGGAGGACUGGACCGUGACAUCACACGUAGGCCGUACUUCCAGGGUCCGAUAAGUCUCCCAUACAUCCACCAACGUUCCCUCACUCGGCUACAGCAACUGGAACGCUGUGACCGACCCGCUUUGGAGCCGUCAGCCCCUUUCCGAGAAGCGUGCGCGUGCGCAGAAUUUCAUACGUCAUAUUGGAGCGCGCCGACCGCUGAGACUUCUGGGGAAUGGAGUCUGUGAAAAGGCCGAACAUUAUUGGGAGCGCAGACGUCAGAGCCUUCGCGCAGGCGCAUUACUUUCCCGACCUGACGAGGCGCCGUCUUCCUGGGUCCCGAGCACUCUGUGCCGGAGGACUCUGCCCUUUUCUACAAGGAGAGCACACAGGAGGAAUGGCUGCUGUGUCUCCGACUGCCAGGUGCCAGGAAUCAGUGACAUUCGAGGAUGUGGCCGUGAUUUUCACAGAUGAAGAGUGGAGGCAUCUAGUCCCUAUUCAGAGGGACCUCUACAAGGAGGUGAUGCUGGAAAACUAUAAGAGCAUUGUCUCAUUGGGACUUCCAGUUCCUCGACCUGAUGUCAUUUUUCAGUUGAAGAGAGGGGAUGAGCCUUGGAUAGUUGAUCUUCAUGGAUCUGAGGAGAGAGAAUGUCCAGAGAAUGUCUCUCUAGACUGGGAGACUAAGCUUGAGAUUCACGGUGCUUCAGAAGAAGAAGAAUCAGAAGGAACAGUGAGGGGAAAGCUUGGAGAAGUUCCUGUGUGUCCUAAAUUUGAAGUUCAUGCACUGGAGGGUGAGUCGGAAGCAGGAAAGGAGAGCCCUGCCGUCCAGACCUGCAAGAAGUCCCUUUCCCAGAAGGAAAGCUUGCAGCAAGGGUCUACCCCUCUCAAGAAAAUUCUCACUAAAGAGAGAGACCAGGAAUGCAGCCACUGUGGGAAGACCUUUUUUGACCACUCAUCCCUUAUCCGCCACCAGAGGACUCACACUGGAGAGAAGCCCUAUGACUGUCACGAGUGUGGGAAGGCCUUCAGUCACAGGAGCAGUCUCAGUAGACAUCUGAUGUCUCACACUGGGGAGAGCCCCUACGAAUGCAACGCGUGUGGGAAGGCCUUUUUUGACCGUUCGUCCCUAACUGUCCAUCAGCGAAUUCAUACUGGAGAGAAGCCCUUUAAAUGCAGCGAGUGUGGGAAAGCCUUCUUUGACCGUUCAUCCCUAACCCGACACCAGAGAAUCCAUACCGGAGAAAGCCCUUAUGAAUGUAAUCAGUGUGGGAAAGCCUUUAGCCAGAAAAGUAUUCUUACUCGACAUCAGCUCAUCCACACUGGCAGGAAGCCUUAUGAAUGUAAUGAGUGUGGGAAAGCCUUCUAUGGUGUCUCAUCCCUGAACAGACAUCAGAAAGCUCACACUGGAGAGCCGCACUAUCAGUGCAGUGAGUGUGGGAAAGCUUUCUUUGACCGCUCAUCCCUUACACAGCAUCAGAAGAUUCACACUGGAGACAAGCCAUAUGAGUGCACCGAAUGUGGGAAAGCCUUUAGCCAGAGAUGCCGGCUUACGCGACAUCAGAGAGUGCAUACAGGAGAGAAACCCUUUGAAUGCAGCGUGUGUGGGAAAGUGUUCAGUUCUAAAUCGUCUGUUAUUCAGCAUCAACGGCGUUACGCCAAACAAGGAAUAGACUGAGUUGGUGAAAGCUUUAGUCAAAGGACCUCCAUAGAAACUCAAGAUAGGUCUUCCCCGUCAUAAGCAAAUCCAUCCUUUGAGCAUUCUACCUAUUCUGGCUACUAAUCUCCUUUUCCAUCUCUGCUACACAGUGUGAAUAAACAUUCUCUACCUACUGUGUUAGAGAACUGACGUGGGAUGCCGGAAGUUAGGAUGUGACUCUAAAGGGCCAACAUUUUGCGGAAGUUUGUCAGACAACAGGAUAAAUAUUAGGAGGUGAUCCUCAGACACACCUCUUGUCUGAGGGCCCACGUAUCACUGCACUUUAAUAACUGGAGGCUUGAACAGGAGGGAAGGCAAAAUUGGAGCAGCCCUGUUGUUUCCAGAACAGUUCUUUUUAUUGCUGUGUCCCUUUCUCUGGGAGCUUUUUUGGGCACCAACCUUGUUCUUUGUGUCCCAGCUUUUAGGUCCCUCCUACUACUAAUUAGCACUUACUGAGUGCUUAUUAUGGGGUAAGCACUCAGCGGAGAGUUUGGGAAAGAGUAGAUUAUUUGGUCCUCUCACCAACCCUAUGAAGUAGAAGUAGGUACUGUUACUAUCCUCAUUUUACAGGUGAGCAAACUGAAGUUUAUAGGUGUUAAAUAAUUUGCCCAAAGUGACACAGCUAGUAAAAGGUGAAGCUAAUCCUUGAAUACAAGUCUACCUUCAAAGUCUGUUCUCUUAACCAUUAUGCUAUAUGGUUAGUUUAAUAAUUUAUGUACAUGUAUUAUCUCCUCAACUAGAUUGUAAGCACUUGGAGGCAUGACUUAUGUGUCUUUGCAUCUCACACAGUGCCUUGCACAUAAUAGGUGCCCAAUAAAUAUUUAUCUGAAUUAA